UAUACUGAUUGUUUGCAUACAGUAUCAAAUUUAUUGCAAUUGGAAUAGUUUAUUUAUGUACGACCUCCGAUCGUACCUCGCGGGUGGGGAAGCCUCUAAGUUUUAACAAUGGGCCAAUUGACUAGUGGUUGAGUGCAAUCGCUCCUACGCUGUCGUUUAGUGCCUGUUAUGUCAAUUCAACAGACAAAAAAUGAAAGCGCUAUCGUUAAUUUACUUGCUGGGUAUAAUUUGUUUGUGUGAAGGUUACAAGUUUUUGGUGGUGUUUCCUCUACCGGGCAGAAGUUUGAAUAUUUUAGGAGAAGGAUACGUAAAACACUUAUUAGAUGCCGGUCAUGAGGUUACCUACAUGUCAGUGUUUGAACCGCAAAAGAAUCACACCACCACCAAUUAUCGUCGAAUAGAUAUUAGCAACAAUUUGAAAAUGUUUGAAGGAUAUAACAUAACGAUAGCAACAGUUAUGGAUAAUUCGAUGCAACAGAAAGACCUUCAUUUACUAAGAAGAUUUUCUCUUGACACUGCGCUUGUCACAUUUGAUAAUGUAAAUGUAAAAAAGCUUUUUAACGAUAAAUCUCAGAAAUUCGAUGCUGUCAUAGCUGAUUUAUAUGAAACUGAAAUAUACGCAGGUUUGGCAGCACUUUACGAUUGUCCGAUGAUAUGGAGCUAUUCUAUGGGUGCGCAUUAUGUGGCUUUACGUAUUAUAGAAGGUCCCACCAAUCCGUCUUAUGUUCCUGAUUAUUUAUCGUCAAACGUGCCGCCUUUGACAUUUACACAACGUCUGGAAGAAUUAUGGGAUUAUAUAAAAUGGACAUACGUAAAAAAGUUUUACACUGAACCAGAAGAAGAGGAAAUGUAUAGAAAUAUAUUUGUGCCACUUUUAACCGCACGUGGCAAAAAAUCUCCACGGUACGACAAACUGGUAUACAACGCAUCGUUGAUUUUAGCAAACGAUAUUAUUGCCGCUGGGAACGUCCCUAAAGUACCUCUUAAUUUCAAAUUUGUAGGCGGUCAACACAUAGAAACUCCUACUAGACCUCUGCCAGAGCAUUUACAAACUUUGAUGGACAAAUCAACCAAUGGUGUAAUUUACUUCAGUCUUGGUUCAACGUGGCAAAGCAAAGAUAUACCAAAACAGUUGGUAGAUGACUUGUUAAGAGUGUUUCGGUCGUUAAAACAGACUGUUAUCUGGAAAUUCGAAGCGGAUCUAAAACACACACCACCUAAUGUGCAUAUUACGAGCUGGGCGCCACAGCCGAGUAUAUUAGCUCAUCCCAAUUGCUUGAUCUUCAUUAGUCACGGUGGUCUCCUAUCGUUCAUGGAAGCAGUACAUUAUGGCGUGCCCAUCAUAGGAUUGCCCAUUUAUUUGGAUCAGUUCGUCAAUGUUAACAAAGCCGUGGCUCAAGGUUAUGCUCUCAAAGUGGAUCUGAACAUGAAAUUGCCACAAAAUUUGAAAAAGGCUCUUCAUGUGAUGCUGAAGGACAACUCGUACGCAAAUAGAGCAAAGGAAUUGUCUGCAAUACACCACGAUGCGUUGCAUCCACCGAGCGCGGAGGUGGUGCACUGGGUGGAGCACGUGGUGCGCACGCGCGGCGCGCCGCAUCUGCGGUCGCCUGCGCAUUGCAUGCCCUGGUACCAAAGGAUCUACCUAGAUUUCAUUAUUCUUAUAAUAACGACUCUCGUAGUCGUCAAAAUUAUCAUAACUCGACUCCUAGCUACUACUAAACGUGGGAAAAAGAAUACAACCAAGAAACGCAACUAGUGGCAUUUGUUAUUAGAUCCAAAGGUAUAAAAUAUUUUUCUUUUAACUUCCUUUUUGUUCUGUUGUCGACUUUUAAUAGGCAAAGUAAGAGUUGAUGUUGCAGUAAUUUCUGUAAACUAUGAAUAAAUAUUUGCACCAUUA